AUGAUACAUGGUAAGUAUUUAUCUACUUCAAGUAGAUUGAUGAAGUCAUCUUUCUUGAGUGCUAGAUUUAGCAGCAAUUAUGCCAAGGGCACUAUUAAGAAGAUGCCAUAUAACUCAGCCUUUCAAAAAUCCUACUAUUCAAGCCCAGCAGCAAAGAACAGUACGACAGGCAAUUCUAUUUCAGCAUCUACUUCCAAACCUAUUAAUAAUGAUUCGGAGCAAUCAUCGUCAAGUAAUACGAUUAAGUCGUUUAGUGAUUCGCCAGCCAUCACUAGUUCACUGGAGGCAGGUUCACCUAUCAACUGGUCUGAUUCUUUUCAUGGCCUAGGUACUGCACCGUUCCCAAAGGAGGUAAGUGACAUACUUUUAGCUCCGAUAGAGAAUGAUGACAUUGAAAUAAAGCCAGAUGGGCUUUUAUACCUCCCCGAAAUCAAAUACCGUAGAAUCUUGAAUAGGGCAUUUGGACCAGGAGGGUGGGGAUUGGCGCCACGUACUGAAUCGCUAAUUACCCCAAAACAAAUUUCUCGUGAAUAUGCUUUAAUUUGUCACGGAAGACUCGUAAGCGUUGCAAGAGGUGAACAAGAUUAUUUUGGUGGGGACGAAAAAAUAACUACUGCGUUAGAAGGUUGCAAGAGUAAUGCAUUGAUGAGAUGCUGUAAAGAUUUAGGUAUUGCUAGUGAAUUGUGGGAUCCUGGCUUUAUUAGAAAAUGGAAAAAGGACUUCUGUGACGAAAUAUUUGCUGAACAUGUCACUACGAAGAAGAAGAAGAAAUUAUGGAAAUUAAAAAAGAACAAAACAUUAGAUUAUCCAUACAAGAAAAUAUAA